UGCCGGCCAAUGGGGAGCGCUCUCGGCGGCUUCGUAACGCUCCGGCUCCAGGUUUGAAACUGCUCCGCCCGCAGCAGAAGCAGAAGCCAAAAGCCGCAGCCGGAGCCGCCGCCUCGACGGGGAGCGCAGCAGCAGCAGCGGCAGCAGCGGCGUCGUCAGCAGCGGGACCCUCCGGGCGGAGCAUGAGCGCGGCAGCCGUGGCCGGCAGGGGGGCGCGCCCGGGCGGGGCAGGCGGCGUGGCGGCGGCGUCCGGGGAGCCCGUCGGGGCGGGGGGCGCCCCCGCGGUCAGCAGCAGCCGGGCGGCGGCGGCCAAGGAGAGCGCCAAGGCGGUGCCGGAGGUGCUGCUGGACCCGCGCAGCCGGCGGCGGUACUGGCUGGGCCGCUUCCUGGGCAAGGGCGGCUUCGCCAAGUGCUACGAGAUCACCGACCUGGAGAGCAAGGAGGUCUUCGCCGGCAAGAUCGUGCCCAAGUCGCUGCUGGUGAAGGCGCCGCAGAAGGAGAAGAUGACCAUGGAGAUCGCCAUCCACCGCAGCCUGCAGCACCGCCACGUGGUCGCCUUCCACGGCUUCUUCGAGGACAGCAACUUCGUCUUCGUCGUCCUGGAGCUCUGCCGCCGACGGUCCCUUCUGGAGCUGCACAAGCGCCGGAAAGCACUAACGGAGCCUGAAGCGCGCUACUACUUAAGGCAGAUCAUCCUGGGCUGCCAGUACCUGCACAGCAACCGGGUCAUCCACCGAGACCUCAAGCUGGGCAACUUGUUCCUGAAUGACGACAUGGAGGUGAAAAUAGGUGACUUUGGCUUGGCUACGAAGGUGGAGUACGAUGGGGAGAGAAAGAAGACCCUGUGUGGGACCCCCAACUACAUUGCCCCGGAGGUGCUGGGCAAGAAAGGCCACAGCUUUGAGGUGGACGUCUGGUCCAUCGGCUGCAUCAUGUACACCCUCCUGGUAGGAAAGCCCCCCUUUGAAACCUCCUGUCUAAAAGAAACCUAUGUCCGAAUUAAGAACAACGAGUACACGAUCCCCACGCACAUCAACCCCAUUGCUGCUAGCCUCAUCCAGAAGAUGUUGCAGUCCGACCCGGCGGCCCGGCCCACCGUUGACGAGCUGCUGGGCGACGAGUUCUUCACCUCGGGCUACAUCCCUUCGCGGCUGCCCACCACCUGCCUCACCAUCCCACCCCGCUUCUCCCUGGCCCCGAAUGGCUUUGACCCCAGUGGGAGGAAGCCCCUCACGGUUGUCAACAAAGGACCAGGGAGCCCUGCACCCGGCAAAAUGCCCGAGAAGGAGGAAGAGGCAGUCCUCCAGGAUCCCAGCGAGCCAGUGGAUUGCCACCUGGCGGAUCUCUUGCAGCAGCUGACCAUGGUCAAUGCCUCCAAGCCCUCGGAGAGAGUCCCCGUGAAGCAAGAGGAGGCCGAAGACCCCGCCUGCAUCCCCAUCUUCUGGGUCAGCAAGUGGGUGGACUACUCGGAUAAGUACGGCCUAGGCUACCAGCUGUGUGACAACAGUGUCGGGGUCCUCUUCAACGACUCCACUCGCCUCAUCAUGUACAACGACGGAGACAACCUGCAGUACAUCGAGCAGCACGGCACAGAGUCGUACUUCUCCGUGCGGUCGUACCCAGACGCCUUCCACAAGAAGAUCACCCUGCUGAAAUACUUCCGGAACUACAUGAGUGAGCACUUGCUGAAAGCGGGGGCCAACAUCACUCCCCGGGAGGGGGACGAGCUGGCCCGGCUGCCCUACCUGCGCACCUGGUUCCGGACCCGCAGUGCCAUCAUCCUGCAUCUCAGCAAUGGCACGGUGCAGAUCAACUUCUUCCAGGACCACACCAAGAUCAUCCUGUGUCCCUUGAUGGCUGCCGUCACCUACAUCAACGAGAAGCGGGAGUUCCGCACCUACAAGCUGACCCUGAUCGAGGAGUUUGGCUGCUGCAAGGAGCUGGCCAGCCGCCUGCGCUACGCCCGCACCAUGGUGGAGAAGCUGCUCAGCUCCAAGUCCGGGGCGGCCUGUGUGAAGCCCUCUGCCUAAGUCGGCGGCUGCUGCCAAAAGACGCUCCUCCCCAAACUGUAAAAGGCCGGGCCUUGCCCAAAGAAAGAGGACCGCAAGGAUGGACUCUCUCUUUUUAAAGGGUUUUCUCUUUCCUCCUCGUGGAGAAGACGCCCAUUUCUCCCUCCCUUUCCCCCUCCUCACUACUUCCAUGUUAGGCUUGGCACAUCCUGUCCGUUGUUUGUAUGUGGGUCUGCGAGCCUCCUUGUAGCCACUCUCUCCCCCUGCCCCAUAGUUAGCUGUGUAUGGUGUUCUGUUGUGUUCUCCUUUUUGGGUUCUUUGUCUUGGAGCAACACAACUUUUUAAUAUUGAAACUAACCUGCAUCCCAUUAAACUUUUUGUACGUUC